AUGGCAGCUUUUAAGACAGUAUUAGUCAUAACGUUUUGGCUUCGAUGCACAGUAAUUUAUGGCUACGAGUUCAUAUCACAAUAUCCAAAAAAUAUAAAUGAAACUUAUCAAUUUAACCACCUUGCAGUUGAUAAGCAAAGUGGUCAAGUAUAUGCAGGUUCAUUAAACGCCUUGCACCAGUUAAGUCCAGAUCUAAAACCUCUUCAUGUCGUGCGGACCGGGCCAAAACUAGAUAAUCCGGUGUGUCAUGCCAGUGGGUGUCCUUCUCCCGAUACACAGACUGUAUGGACAGAUAACGUGAAUAAAAUAUUAGUGAUUGAUCAAGAAUCAAGAAUUGUCAUAGCAUGUGGAUCUGUAGCUCAGGGUUCAUGUACUAAAUAUAAGUUAGGAGACCUUUCUGCAGAGCCCGAGUUUAUUCCGGAGAGUGUCGCAGCUAAUGACGCAGAAGCAUCUACAUACGCCUUCAUUGGACCCGAAAGAUACAACUCCUGGGAUCGUUCAAACGUACUUUACGUGGGUACAACAUUCACAAACAUUGGAGAGUACAGACAUGAUGUUCCUGCAAUAUCCAGUCGUGAUCUCAUGACCCUGCAACUGGCCCAGUUCACAUUUUCCAAGCAGAGUUUAAUACAAAUAGAUGUUAAAUACAGGGACAAUUUUCUUGUGCAAUAUUUAUAUGGAUUUAAUGCUAGUGACUAUGCUUACUUUCUUAUUAUACAAAAACAUUCCCAUCUAGCUGGUAAUGAAGAGUUAGGAUAUGUGUCUCGCUUGGCCCGUACUUGUGUUAAUGAUGAUAAUUAUAAUAGUUAUACAGAGGUUACACUAGAAUGUAAUGUGUGUGAAGAUACUGGUAAUGGUAAGUGUGAAACAGUCAAUUAUAAUUUAGUUCAGGAUGCUAAGAUUGCAAGGGCUGGAAUAAAUCUGGCAACCCAGUUAGGUAUUGAAACGGGUGACUCAAUUCUUGUAGCAGCUUUUAGUCCAUCUAAAGGUAUUUCUAAUGAGCCUACUACUAAAUCAGCAAUCUGUGUUUACUCAUUGCAAGAGAUAGAAAUUAAGUUUAAUGAAAAUGUCCACAUGUGUUUUAAUGGCAGCACUAAAGCUCGCAACAUGGGUUAUAUAUCAGGAAUGAUUUCCGACGGUAAAUGUCCAAGUGUUGGUUCUACUGGUAACAUCCUUAAUUUUUGUGAAGUAGGUCUUAAAAUAAGCGGUCUUUAUCCUAUUAAAGCAUCAUCGGUAAUUUAUUGGAAUGAUACUUUGAUUACAUCAGUAACAAUGUCAGUAACUGGUUUGCACACUGUUGCCUUCCUCGGUACUAAUGAAGGUACAUUAAAGAAAGUGCUCAUUGAUGCCGACAAAGCACAACAAUAUUCAAGUGAGGUUCUACUAUCUGGGCAAAAAAUACUACCAGAUACAACUUUGUCGCCAUAUGGCAAAUCCCUAUAUAUUUUAGCUAAAAAUACAAUAGUUCAAAUUCCGACUGAGAGGUGUGCAGAACAUGGAAACUGUUCGUCAUGUUUAGAAUCCAAUGAUCCACAUUGUGGUUGGUGUUCCCUUGAGAAACGGUGCACAGUUCAAAAUAUGUGUCAAAAAGGAACUCAAAGUGCACCUCGGUGGCUCUCCCAGUAUACAGGUCAACAGUGUAUUGACUUUGAACAAAUCUUACCUGACAGAAUAUCUAUGUCAGAAAUUACUACUGUACAACUUAUUAUAAGAACAUUACCAGAACUUCCCUUUGGUGCAAAAUAUAAGUGUGUAUUUGGUAAUGCACCACCAAUAGAUGCAGCCGUUACAUCUAAUGGACUAGCAUGCCCUACACCAGAUAUUAAACAUAGACCCAAGAUACCCCAAAAUCAAGAUCACAUCUAUGUUCCACUAUCAGUCCAUUCCUCUGAGACAAAUAAAGAUUUUGUUUCUCGUAAUUUCGCAUUUUUUGAUUGUUCUAAACAUAUAACAUGUCAAACUUGUAUAUUAAGUGAGUGGGCUUGUAACUGGUGUAUUUAUGACAAUAAAUGUACUCAUGAUAUAUCUGUUUGUCAGCGCACUGUUAUUGGUGGUGAAAACAACCCAAACAAAUUACUCAACCAAGGUAUUGGUCACUGUCCCAGAAUAAGGCAAUACAAGAAACCAAUACUACUCCCCAAUAAUGUACCAAAAGAAUUAGAGCUUGAAGUAGAAAAUUUGCCUCACUUACAACCUGGACAUACAGGCUUUCAGUGCAUUGUCACAAUUGAACUGGCUAAUAUGAUUCUACCUGCCAGAGUGGAAUCAAAUCACUAUAUUGUAUGUGACAAAACUAUGUAUUCAUAUGAAGAAGAUGUAGGAGAAUACAAUAUUAGUGUUAAAGUGUUUUGGAACCACAAACAUUACAUAGAUACAAUAACUAUAACUCUAUAUAAAUGUGAGAUUCUUGGAUCCCACAGAGACCAUGCUGAUUGUUCACUCUGCAUUACUAGAAAUUCAGUCUAUCAAUGUACUUGGUGUGGCAAUUCCUGUUCUUACAGUGAAUCUUGCUUAGAAAAUCCUGUUACUGAAUGUCCUAAACCUCGUAUUGACAUGAUAAAGCCUUUAAGUGGUCCUAUAGAGGGUGGAACAUUGGUCACAAUUGAAGGUAGCAAUUUAGGGUUAAGAGUUGAAGAGGUAACCGGAAAAGUAAGAAUUGGUGAAGUUCUAUGUGAUAUUGUGGAUUUUGAAGUAUCUGUGAGUAUUACAUGUAGAACAGGACCGUCAAAUGGUUCGGUAAUUGCACCCGUGAUUGUCGAGAAUGAUGCAGGUUAUACAGAAUCAACUGUAUUAUUCAGUUACAAAAACAUUAAAUUGCAAGGUAUCUAUCCAACUCUGGGACCUGUAUCCGGCGGAACCCAACUAGCCAUUGGUGGUCAACAUCUUAACAUCGGCUCAUCUGUAUCUACAUAUUUAGAUGAAAUGCCAUGUUCUGUUAAUAGAACUCAAACAUCUAAUAGCAGAUUAAUAUGCAUCACCCCUAAAGCCAAUUCCCCACGGAUUAUUCAUACUUUGCUUGUAAUAAUCGACAACGCCAAUAGAACUUUAUACGGAGAUUUGUUUAAUUAUACAGCAGAUCCAACUAUUAUGGAGAUAAAGCCUCUUAAAAGUUUUGUAUCGGGGGGCAGAAUGAUAACAGUUCAUGGUACCAAUUUACAUACUAUACAGAAACCUCUAAUGAAACUUUAUUACGCAAAUGAAGUGAUCCCUGUAAAUUCCACUGAAUGCGUUGUGUUAAACUCCAAUCAAAUGGAAUGUCCAAGUCCGUCUAUAAACAAAAAAUAUAAUGAAAUUAUACAAGCAACUAAAACUCAGACCAACACUCCUCAGAUAGCAAUGAAAGUUGGUUUUGUCAUGGAUAAUGUGGAAACUAUGCAUGAUUUAGAAAAAUAUUUUAAUCCACCGAGGACUCAUAUGGUAUUUGUUGAAGAUCCACACGUGUACCAGUUUCCGAAUAAAAUAAAAUCGUAUAAAGGCGACCCUUUAGUCAUAGAAGGUGAAAAUUUAAUUAGAGCAAGUGAUGAAACUGAUGUAGUAGUCACUAUUGGAACACAAUCUUGCAACGUGACAAGUCUUACAAUGCAGCAGUUGCUGUGUACUCCUCCUGAAAUUCAACCUCCAAAUACUGACGAGAAUGGUUUCCAAUUAUCUGAUAUUAAUUUGCCUUUAGUUGUCGUAAAGAUAGGUAAAAAUUUACGUUUUCCUAUAGGAUACCUGCAUUAUGAGUUAUUAAGAAAUUACAAUUUUCCCCCUGAAGCCAUAGCGAGCAUUGCUGCGGGUACAUUUUUCCUUGUACUUAUAUUUAUGAUUGUUUUGGUUAUGUACAGAAGACGCAGUACUAAAGCGGAAAGGGAAUACAAACGAAUACAGAUACAAAUGGAUACUCUUGAAAGUAACGUCAGAUUAGAGUGCAAACUGGCUUUUGCAGAACUUCAAACUGAUAUGUCUGAUUUGGCAGCUGAUUUAGAACACUCUGGAAUUCCGACUCUGGAUCAUGUUAAUUAUGUUAUGAAAGUAUUCUUCCCCGGCGUAUCAGAUCAUCCUAUAUUAAAUGUUCAAAGACAAUUCAUAAAUACGCCCCGAACUAAUUAUGACGCAGCAAUGUUUCAGUUUGAACAACUUCUAAACAAUAAGUGUUUUCUUCUGUCAUUUAUAGACACAUUAGAAAGCCAGAAAACCUUCAAUAUAAGAGACAAAGUGAACGUAGCAUCUUUAUUAAUGGUUAUUUUAAUGGGGAAAAUGGAAUAUGCUACAGACAUACUCAAAUCAUUAUUAUUACGUCUGAUCGACAAAUCAGUUUGCGCGAAACAUCCCCAAUUAAUGUUACGAAGGACUGAAAGCGUUGUAGAAAAAAUGCUUACUAAUUGGAUGGCUUUAUGCAUGUACUAUUACUUGAAAGAUUAUGCUGGUUCAUCUUUAUUUUUAUUAUUUAAAGCAAUUAAACAUCAAAUUGAAAAGGGCGUAGUAGAUGCUAUUACGCAUGAAGCAAGGUAUUCAUUAUCAGAAGAAAAACUUUUGAAGGAACAAAUAGAUCAUCAAAUUGUAACUUUACAUAUAGUCCAAGAUGAUUUUGAUGAUAAAGUACAAUGUAAAGUUUUAGAUUGCGAUAGUAUAUCGCAAGUAAAAUCAAAAAUAUUAGAUGCUUUAUUUAAGAACACUCCAUUUAGUAUGCGCCCAUCCGUCCACGAAGUUGACUUAGAAUGGAGACAUGGAAGAGGCGGACAUGUUACGCUUCAAGAUGAAGAUCUCACAACGAAAACCUUGAAUGGCUGGAGAAGGUUGAACACGUUAGCUCACUAUGGCGUCAAAGAGUCUGCUGUUAUGUCGUUAAUAUCGAGACAGAAUGACAGCUUCAAUACCCCUUAUAAAAUACCUUGCAAAAAUUGUACCGGCAUUUAUUGCACAAACUCUCACAUAAGGGUUUAUAAAAGUGACAUAAACGAACAAAACGUGCACUAUUAUCAUUUAGUUAAACCAAUUGAAUAUCAACACAUUGUAAAUAAAUCUUCAGAGCAUAGCCAUAAAGCUAUACCGGAAAUAUUCUUAACUCGACUUCUUUCAACCAAGGGGACAGUUCAUAAAUUUGUUGAUGAUUUCUUUAGUACGAUAUUGACCGUAAAUGAAGUGUUGCCACCAGCAGUGAAGUGGUUAUUCGAUCUUUUCGACGAUGCAGCUAGAUCACACGGUAUAAUCAAUCCUGAAGUAGUUCAUGCUUGGAAAUCCAAUAGCCUGCCAUUAAGAUUUUGGGUGAAUCUUAUCAAAAAUCCCGAUUUCAUUUUCGACAUUAACAAAACUGCCACUGUCGAUUCAUCUCUCUCUGUUAUUGCACAAACCUUUAUGGACGCUUGUUCUCUUUCCGAACAUCGUCUGUGUAAAGAUUCCCCUUCGAACAAGCUUCUUUUCGCAAAAGAUUUGCCAACUUACAGAGAUAUGGUAAUACAAUUCUACCAAGCCGUCUCACAAUUACCUCAAGUAUCCGACCAAGAGCUAAGUACCUCCAUGCAACAACUUUCAGUUGAGCAGCUUAAUGAGUUUGACACUCUGUCCGCAUUGAAAGAGUUGUAUAUUUAUGUCAGUAAAUAUAGAGAACAAAUUAUAGUAGGGCUAGAAAAUAAAAUGCACUUAGCUCAUAAACUAGAUAACGUAGCAUGCACUUUGGAGGGCGACCCCACAGCUGUGUGCUGA